AUGACGACAGCGCGGGCCUGGCCAUGGGCCGCGCUGCGGAGUGCGCUUGCGUUCGCUCUGGCCUCGGCGGCGUUGUGGCGCGGCGCCGCGGCGCAGGUGCCCCUCGUCGGCAAGCCAACCGUGAAGGCCAUCAGCGGCGACGCGCUGUCCGACCUCAUCCCGCAAUUUGCACAGCCCGGGCCGCCCAUGAUCGUAGAGAUCGCAGACAACAUCUCGUGGGCCGACGUCGCCGCGCCGCGCCCCGUGAUUGUCGCGCGCAACCUCACUCUGCGCGGCAUCGGGCGCACCGAGCAGACGGAGCUCAACCUGCACGGGCAGUACGACGCGUGGAAGCUGCAGCCGGGGGUGAUGCUGACGCUGCAGAACCUGACGCUCUCCAACCUCGCCGCACGGCCGCCGUCGGCGGACCCGCCGCCGCCGGCGAACGUUUCGGUGUUCACGUUCCCGCUCUGGUUCUUCAAUAGCAAUAGGCUCGCGGGGCAGAUAGUCAUGCAGAACCUGCGGCUGGUCAUACCCUACGACGAGUUUCUGGUGAUCCACCAUAUCUUGGUGGAGUGGGAGCUGCCCAACUCCCAGCCGUCGGCGGUGGACAUGUACACGUACUUUGAGAUGCUGUUCAGGCAGAACCUGCGCGGCCUGAAGUGCAACUGCGAGGGCAUGCUGUACUCUCCGCGGGGUGAGGUGCACGUGCAGUACGCGGCGGGGCUGGGGGUGGUACUUGACGACGUCUACAUGCAGUACAAGCGCAACACCUUUGACAUCAUCUCGCCGCGGUCAAACAUCAGCGCGAGCAACCCCGCGCUGAGCGCGUCCGCCGCGGCGGCCGCGGCCGCAGAGGCCGCGGCCGCGGCCGAGGCCCGCGCGCCGGCCGCGCCGCCCAGCGGCUCGCUGCCCGGCUGGGCGGUGGUCAUCAUCGUUUUCGGCGCUGUGCUGUUUAUAAUCCUCCUGCUCAUCGUGGUCGCGGGGCCGCGGCGCCUGGGCCACUGCCUGAUGGGCGACCUCAUGCCCCCGCCCGGCUUCGACGCCGGCAAAGGCCCCGGCAGCGGCUUCGCGCUCGCGGACGGCUCAGGCGCCCUGGGGCCGGCGUCCUCAAAGGCGCCGCCCUCGCAGCGCGGCGGCGGGCUGCUGACGGUGCUGCUACCGGCCGGCGGCAGCAGCUCGGGCGGCGUGGAGGCGGACGUGGGGAUGGAGGAGGGGCGAGCCGGGGGCGCGGGCACGGGCACAGGGCGCGCGACGGCGGCGUCCAGGAAGAGCCUUGCGAAGUCGGCCGGCGCGGCGUCGUCCCAAUCGGCCUCCUCGGCCGGCGGCCUUGGGAACGGCGACGCCGGCGGCGGCAUGGGCGCGCGAGACACGGCGCUGGGGCAGCUGCACGCGGCUGUGGCGGAGCUGAACCGCGAGAUUGACGACAAGAGCCUGAUCAUACACGAGGUCCUCGGACAGGGCGCGUAUGGAACUGUCUACCGCGGCACGUGGCGCAACCUGCCUGUCGCGGUCAAGACGGUCGUCUUCCAGGACCGCGCCUGCGGCAGCGAGAAGGCCCAGAAGCGCGCGAUCACAGAGGCAGCGAUCACCAGCAGCAUCAGCCACCCCAACGUGGUGGCCACGCUGUCGUACGACCUGCAGCCGCUACAGUCGCCGGGCGCCCAGAUGCACACCGGGAACCUCAGCCUGCAGCAGGCGGGGGGCGUGGCCGGGCAGGUCACCGACUGGAAGCUGUUUCUCGUGCAGGAAUUUUGCAACGCGGGCUCCCUUAGGCAGGCAGUGGACGGCAGGAGCGUGUACUGGGACUCAGAGCACCACGCGCCGCGCAUGGUGCGAGCGCGCGUGUGUGUGUGUUAG